AUGUCUUCUUCAAAGACUGUUGCACUUUUCACACUUGCUCUGGCUUCUUUCAAAGGCGCGCUGGCCGCGUUGAGAUUGAACAGUCCAAACAAUAUCGCCGUUUAUUGGGGUAAAUAUCACGCCAAGCGCAUAAUCUGUGCCAUAACUGACAUGACCUCUCAGGUAUACCAAAUCUCCUUCCUCACCAGAAUUAACGGAGCCGGUGGUGUCCCUGAAGUCAAUUUCGCAAAUGCCGGCGACAACUGCACCGCAUUUCCAGGGACCCAGCUUCUGGACUGUCCUCAAAUAGCUGAGGAUAUAAAAGAAUGCCAAUCACUCGGGCGAACAAUUCUCCUUUCGAUCGGAGGAGCCACUUACAAUGAAGGCGGUUUUACCAACGAAGCAGCCGCAACUGCCGGUGCCAAGAUGAUCUGGGAGACAUUCGGACCAGUUUCCAAUCCCUCUGUGAAACGACCAUUCGGAGACGCAGUAGUUGACGGUUUCGAUUUUGACUUCGAGGCAACUGUCAACAACAUGCCCGCCUUUGCAAACCAAUUGCGGUCCUAUUACGCCAGCGAUACCUCGAAGAAAUACUAUACCACAGCUGCACCGCAGUGUCCUUACCCGGACGCGGCGGACGGCCCUAUGCUCGAUGGCGCUGUGUACUUCGAUGCGAUAUGGAUCCAGUUCUACAACAACUAUUGCGGACUUCAAGCAUUCGUCCCCGGUAGCGCAGCACAGAAUAACUUCAAUUUCGAUGUCUGGGACAAGUGGGCUCGGGAGACCUCUCUGAACAAAAACGCGAAAGUCUUUCUCGGUGUCCCAGGCAACCAGGGCGCUGCCGGCACUGGGUACCAGCCUAUAUCGACUGUUAGCGAGAUUAUCAAGUACGUGAAACAGUUCAGUAGUUUCGGAGGGGUCAUGGUCUGGGAUGCAAGUCAGGUAUACGCCAACACCGGCUUUCUUUCAGGACUCAGGUCAGCUUUGGGUGGAGGGGGGACUACUCCAGCUCCGACGACGAGCCCGACUACAACUCCGACGACGAGCCUGACUACAACAUCGAAGACGACCUCACCUACACCGACGACAAAGUCUACAUCUACAAGCACCACCUUGACUACCACUACGAAGUCCUCCACCGCUAGUCCAACGUCGAGUAAGCCAACAGCCUCACCAACCUCAACUGUGUGUCCGAUCGCUGGACAAACAUGCCCCACUAGUGGAGCCUUUUCUUGCAAUGGCAGUCAGUUUGGUAUUUGUGACAAUGGUAGGUGGGUGAUGCAACAAUGUCCCGCGGGGUUGGUUUGUGCCCAGAGUGGCUCGGGCGUAUAUUGUGACUACCCUGGAUCUACUGGUGUCGCACCUUGUUCUUGA